AUGCCUGUGCUCUUUGGUCACCGGUACCUGGCUCUCAUAGUUGUUGUUGUCCUGGUGGUGUUUUGGUUCUUUGGGCCGCAGGGUCUGCAGUCUGAUGGCGGCAUUCACUACCCGCGAGUACAGGGCAAGGCCUUCUCCGACAUUCUGAAUUCCACACUGGGUUUCCAGGAGAUAUUCGUCAUCAACCUCCCAGAGAGAUCAGACAGGCGCGAUGCCAUGACUUUGGCCGCUGCUCUGACGAGGCUUGACGUCAAAUGGAUCGACGGUAUUGACGGCAAGGACGUGCCUGAGAGGGUUCUACCAGGUGACAGCUGGGAUAAGAAGAUCUCAAAGGGAAAUAAGGGGUCCUGGAGGGCGCAUAUGAAUGCGUUGCAGCGGUGGGCCUAUAUUGCUUCCCUUGGAUGGAAAUGUUCAUUCUGAUAUAUGAUGACAGCAUUGUGCAAGAUAACUUAACCAGCGCCCUUAUCCUCGAAGACGACGCAGACUGGGACAUCCGGCUCAAAGAACAGAUGCAAGUUUUUGCUCAGGCUGCGAGAGCCUUCACUCAACCAGCCCCGAGAACGAGAUCGACGCUUGCAGACACCGAGGACCGUUCCGAACUCUCGGUCUCUCAGAUACCGAUAAAUCUUCGCUCGCGCCUUACACCGUACGGGGACAGCUGGGAUGUCCUGUGGUUGGGUCAUUGCGGCACGCAAUUUCCAUCUGCCUCUACUAUUGUCGCCCACAAAAGUAAAACGCCAACAAUGAACAGAGUCCCUUUGCUGAGAGUUACCAUCCCCAGCGAUGUCACCGUGCCUGAUGCCAAGCAUCUGAAGGCGCAUCCCUUUGCCCUCCAAGACUCGCUUGCCAAAGAGUACGCACCCCACACGAGAGUCGUGCAUGCCUCGGACAAGACAACGUGCACCC